AUGUCAAGUUUCUAAACCAGAGUGUAGAAAUUGUAAUGUGAGGAAGCCAAUCAUGAUAAUAAGCCUAUCAUUUUGAUUUGCUUUAACAAAGAUUGUAAUAAAAGAAAGGUUUGUUUAACUUGUAUAGAGGAAUUUCAUAAAACUCAUAAAGGGGAAUUGGCAUCAAUUGAGGAUGUAGAAGGAUUCAUUCGCAAUAAUUGUAUCAAAUAAAGAGGGGCACCUUAAUGCAAUGAAAUAAUAGGUAAGUUCAAUGAAUUGUAAAAUGAUAUCAUAAACUAAUUAAAAGUUUUGGAAUUCAUUUUAAAGGAAAAAGUACGAUAAAUCUUUGACAAUCUGAACAAUACAGAUAAUAAAUUACAACAAAUAGGGGAUGACAGAGAAGAUGAACUGAAUGAUCUACAAAACAAAUGCAAAUAAAAAAUUGAAGAAUUUAGAAGUGAAUGGAAUAAUAAACUGAAUUCAUUUAAAUCCAUCCUUGUCCCACUAUAAAUUAAUUUAAACAGAUUCGAAAAAUUAAGUGAAAAUGAACUCGAAUUGAGCCCUUCAAAAGUAAAUAUUAGUGUACUAUACCCUAAACAAAACAUAAAAAUAACUAAAUUAAAUAUAUCUUUAUUAGAGAAAUCUUUCCACGAUAAAUAAAUUGAAUUAGAAUUCUCAAUAUUCAAAAACAUGAAUUUGCAAGAUAAAUUACAUAAUUGGAAAACAAGUGUUGAUCAUAAUAAUAUGAAAAUCAUAAAUGGUUCAUAUCAGAUUGAAAUUCAAGAUAAUAUAUUAUUAAAGGAAGGGGAAUGCUAUAGUUUAGAAAUAAAAAGUGACUAAGAUGUUAAAUUUAAUAUAUCAAACGAAUAAAGUUUGGAAAAUCCGCUAAUUGGAUUCUAAUAAAGAGAUUACGAGAAAACCUCUUUCAAAGCUGACCAGAAUACAACAAUUAUAAGUUAAAGCUCAAGCGGAUUGCUAGUAGCCAUUGGAGCAAUGUUUGAAUGA